AUGUUCAAUUUGAUGAGGACAUCUGCUCAACUCCGAGCCAUCCAAAGACCUUUCCUGCGAUUCAAAACCACGAUCGACACCUCCAAGGUACCUACCUUGCGCGACGAAGACCUAGAAGAGACAUUUGUCCGUGGCAGCGGUCCCGGUGGACAAUCGGUUGCCAAAACCAACAACAAAGUGGUCCUCACGCACAAACCGACCGGCUUAGUGAUCCAGUGUCACAGUUCAAGGUCGUUGUUCAAAAACCGGGAGGAAGCUCGCCGGCUGCUGAUUGCCAAAUUGGACGAACUGGAGAACGGCGAUCAAUCGAUGGAGGCUCAGCAGAGGAGGAUCGAACAGAAGAAACAUUCGGAAGCUACUCGGCGUCAAGUCAAGCGUCAAGAGAUGAAGAAAGCGUGGAAGGAAAGGGAGUUCGGACAGCAAGAUUGAACAUCAUCUGUUGUAGAUAGAUAUUAAAUAGAUUUUGAUUAGUUAAAA